AUGGGCAGGCUCGUCCGGCGGCGAGUCAACAGUGGGAGCCUCAAGAAACGCAUCCCCCUUGCGACCUCGUACGGGCUGAUUCCUAAACAAACAGAGGCUUCCUUAUCGUCGCUCCAUUUUAAAAUUGCGGAUCCCGGCACCGGUUUUAAUAAGGGCCGCCCCGUGUUUGCCCUGCCGCACGGAACCUCUCAAUUUCGCGCCCGCUCCGCCCAUGAGCUGCGCAAA